AAAAUAAGCCUUACUUGCAAUCCUUUUUCUUACUUUCAAAUCAUUCAAAUUUAUUUAAAUAAGGUCUUGUCGUAAGUUAGCAAAUUUCUAAAACUUGCGACCUUCUGAGUAUAUCAACUGAAACAUUUAGACUCUAUUUUCAUCUUCUCCUUCACACUUUCAAAAAAAAAAAAAUGGCACAACACACUUUCGACGAAUUCUCCACACCCUGUCUGCGGCUGUUGGCGGCAGCUGUGGGUGUAGCCGCAGCGGGAACAAGGAACGCGUUACAGGCAGCUUUGGCCGCGCAUGAUGUCAGCUUAUCCGGGGAUAGGAACGCAGCGCAAGCCACCGCUCAGGCAAUCAAGGACUGGACGCAACUAUGUGGCCUGAACAGUCUUGGCAAUCGUACCAUCCUGGUGGACCGCAUUUGGAAUUCUAAUCAAAACAUCCAGCCAGCGCCUGGAGAACCUGGGAAACCACCUGGCGCACAACCGGCAGCUCCGCCUGCUGUUCCUCCCGCCGCAGCACCUGUUGUCCCGGUGAGUGGACAAGCUUUGCAGAACCCGAAAGACAUUGCAUUGUUGGAGCUUCCCUCGGUGGACGACGCAACACAGUUUCGCCGCUGGUAUAAGGACCUUAAUCUACAAGCAAGUACGAGACGCCUUAACUUUGAGCAGGACAUCUUGACGCCGCUGGUCCAAAACGUGGCUCCCCCGCCGGUGCUGAACGAACGAGACAGCCAAUUAUGUUUGAUGUUGCACAGAGCCGUCAAGGCGUCGCUGGGCAAAACGUUGGCAGCACGCAUUGAGACAUCGAUCGAGAACAAACAGAUCGAUGAUGAUUUGGCGGGCGUCCUGAACGAGCUGAGCCGCCUUGCUGAGUACUUCGAAGGGGUUCAGAUCGAGAAGGAGAUGAGCGCCCUGAAGAAUGCCAACUGGAAGCGCAGCAACAUGGAUCUGAUGGGCUUUGUCGCGGAGUUGAAAACUAUGGCGGCUAAGUGUGGACCUGAACUACCUGCUGGACCGAUGCGCGAGCGACUCAUCCGAGAUGUUCUGAUGAGAAAUAUUUCAACGAAAGACGCAACAGUUGCGCAGAUACUGCGGGACUUUAAGCAGUAUCCAGCAAGCGAGGCCGGAUAUAACGCUGACGAUUUGGCAGAAAAAUGCUCCCGCAUCAUGUUCCAAGAAGUCGCCGGAGAAAAGCAAGCGGAUACUUUCGCCGUGGAAGUUGAAGCUGAAAGAGGAGGUAAAGGAACAAUGCCCGAGGAGAGUGCCAACAAGGUCAUUACCAACAACGAGGAAGGACGCACGAUCCAGAGCCUGAAAGCGAAGCUCAAGCACAAGGAGGAACAGUUGCUCCUUGCUCGGUCAUAUAAAGGAGGAGGCCACCAGCACAACCGCCCUUCUCCCUACGGUCACAACGAUGGUCAACAGCAACUGCGCAAAGGCAUGGGAAAGAAGGGGGGAGGCAAAGGCGGUAAGAACAAAGACAACAACAACUGGUCGGCGAAGUACUGUCCUACCUGUGCGAAGCAUUUCAACUGGGAUGAAUCGCGUGCCGCCGCCUUCCGUUCGCAUAACAGCUCGGAGUGUCGUUUUAAGCCUGGCGCUCCUGGAGGCAAGCAGAAGGACAAAGACAACCGCAAAGGCGGUGGAAAGAAGGGAGGCAAGCAUUGACUAAACAAUAGAAGUAUCUCGAAAGUAGUAAAGGAUAGAAAAAGAAAGCUGCACAGACAGCAGAAGAAGGUCAGCCAUAAUAAUUAUUCUUCUUGUUUAAGCUUGGCAAACUUAUCGUCAUCCAUUGAGACUAGUCAUAAUUUUCUUUUCGUUGGUUUACAGUUAAUGUCGAAUGAUUCUUCUAAAAAUGUUCUAAGUAAUAUAAUUGAUUCUGGUAGUACGUCGCAUAUAGUUAGAGAUAAGCAAAAUUUUAGGUCUAUAAAUUAUGAUAAGAAAGGAAGUAUUAAAGGGGUUGCAGGUUCAGACGCAGGACAUCUGGGCGUGUUGAGCGAGAACGUAUUCGGAAAGAAAGUCGAGGCGAUUUGUUUUCCGAAGUUACCUGUCGAGGCGUUGGCGUCGGUUCGCCGACUAAAAGCAGAAGGCUGGCAGAUCAUAUUUGAGGCAGGUGGUGACUACGCAAGACACACUAUCACGGGCGCGUUUGUCAAGUUCUCGACGACGUCGAGCGGGCUCCCUAGCGUUGAAAACCUCUUCGACAAGAACAGUCUGCCAACGCACUCCGGAUAUGAAUUCACGCCUCUGGCAGAAUCGUGCAACAACGUGCGCGCAGAUGACGUUGUCACAAGCUUACCACACCGCGCGAAGAAAGCCGUCAUUGUUGCAGGUCGCAGAAGGAGAGGACCAAGAGACAGCUUGCGAACACGCGAAGACAGACUUUUACAACAUUGGCGGAUGGCGCACUUACACGACAGCUCGAGCCGAGCGUCGUGCUUGGACUGCCUACAAGCAAAAUUUAGAGGAAUUGGCGCCGAUGUUAGCAGCUCUGAGUCGCAAAAAGCGAAUGCUUCGCUCGUUGUCUUUUCAACAGACUUCUUCGGACCAGUGAAGCCUGAAACUUACCGUGGAAAUAAAGUAGUGAUGCUCUUUGUCUGCAACACUACGCAGUAUGUUGCGGUUAGAAGCUUACCAGCUAAAAGCUUCGCGCCACAAGCAGUAGAGAGCUUUCUACGGGAGAUUCGGCACAAAUGUGGAGCAGACGUGCUCACCGGUGCUACAAAGACGGACCUAGUCGCAGUAGGCUUGCGAUCAGACAACGAGGAAACACUGAAAAGUGCAGAAAUGGAUGCUGUUUGUUUACGUUACGCCGUAGCUCAUUCUUAUAGUAUACCAUAUAUGCCUUGGACGAAUGGGCACGCGGAGCGGACUGUGCAAAGUUUGAAGAACGCACUGCGAUCAUGUAUGUUGCACGUUGAUCCCAGAGUGUGGGACUAUGCCUUACGGCACGUGGUAAUGUGUUGGAAUCUCAUGCCACGAAAGAACAAAGAGUCAGGUGCUGUUAGUGCUCCACAAGAAGCUGUAAACGCGAGGACAUCGAACCCGCUUCAGAAAGUCAACGUAGAGCGCAAGAAGAAAUACUUGCGCCGGUUUGGUUGCUUGGCCAUUUUCCGUCCGGGUCGAACGGAACCUGCCAAACAGGAUGAGAAAAAUGCAGUGCUUUCACCAAGAGCACUACGGGGAAUCAACUUAGGUUGGUCGGACGAAAACAGCUGUUGGCUAAUUGGCUGCUUCCCAGCCAACGACAGCGAUCGUUUCGCGGUUUAUCAAUGCGCAAAUGUGGCAUUUCUCGAGGAAGUACUAGUGCAGAACGUGCAAGAACUCUGCAACGACAAGACAGCAGAUUUGGAUGAGCAGAUCCUGGCCAAGCUGAAGCCUUCGAUCGCUCGUGCGUCAGCCGAUGGGCCCGCUGGGAGUGGUGUUCCGCUCGUUGGGGUGCAUCCCACGGUAGAUCUCGAGGGGGAAGAGGUUGUAGGCGGCACUAACACGCAACCGCCCGCAACGCCGGAGGUCGAGGCUAAACCUACAAACACGCUUCAAGAGACCAUCGAGUUGAACAAGCAAAACAAUGCGACCCUUGGGCACAGCGAUGUACCACCACCGCGCACCGACGCUUCCGGGUCUGAACUUCCGCCGAGCAACCACGGCAAUUCACCCAAUUUUCAGUAUGGGCCAAUCCACCGCGAAGUCCCAACUGCAAGAACGAGAGGCAGACCCAGAGGAGUUAAGGAUAAAGUGCCAAGGAAACGACGAACAAAAGCGCAGAUGCAGCAUGUGGACUUCGCCGAGGCCUACUACUCUCACUUAACUUUUGAAGAUGGUGAAGAGUUGGUAUAUCAGGAGGUCUUCCUGUCGAAGGGGGGUGAUCCUACUGACUUCGAAGUACCCCCAGGACAGUCAACUACGCCAUCGCGCGCGUUUCACCAUGCUAACCCGUAUAAAGCUAAGUGGAUAGAAGCAACCAGUGUCGAAGCAGCGAGGUUGGAAGCCUAUCGGUGCUGGCGAAAAUUACAAGAGGAGGAGUACGCGGAAUUCCAGCAUGGAAAGUUAAGAUGUACUCCUACGGCUUUGUUGCUUAGCCGGAAACGCUGCGGUAGGUUCAAAGCGCGUUUAGUAGUGCUUGGGAACCGAUGGCAGGCGGAAAGCAACGAAGACGCUUCGCUGUUUGCUUCGGUGGUGUCGCAGUUGGGCAAUCGAGUAGCUUUGGCACAUGCAGCAAAACACGGCUGGCACAUAAAGGCUUUUGAUAUUGGGAAUGCAUUUAUCAGGGCAUCCAUCCAGCACCAUCGCGUUGUAGUUUCUGUUCCGCCACAGUUUCAAGAUGCCUCCGGUGAAGAUGAUGGGAAGAGGAUGCUUCUGAAGGCACUAUAUGGACUCCCGAUGUCGCCAAAACUGUGGGGCGACCAAAUUAGCAAGGACUUGCGAGAACUCGGCUGGGUAGAAGCAGAAGCAGAGCCAGGCCUCUGGAAGAAGGUCAACAAACAGGGAGAGAUAGAGGCGCUUCUGACGAUAUACGUUGAUGAUUGUGUCGUCAUGGGCAAGAGCGAAGCUGAGGUUGACAGAUUGGUCCAACAAGUCCACGAAAGGCAUCCUAUCUCUCUCAUCCCGAUGAUUCCAGCAGCCACUCCGGAGCUGCCUGACGCGGUCAAAUUUGACUUGUUAGGCGCAGACUGCAUUUAUUCGCGAAAGAAUCGCGUGCUUCGGAUCAACAUGGCCAACUACGUAGACAAGGUCCUGCGAAAAUUCGACAUGGCGCAGCCGGAUUUAAAAACUUUGCCGUCUCCCGAUUUCGAUGAAGCGCCGCUUUAUGAGGACAAAGCAAAUCCGUCUUCUUUCCCCUUUCGGGCACUUGUUGGCGCAUUACAGUGGCUUACUGUCACGGCAAGGCCGGACAUUGGAGCUGCAACUAACAAAUUAGCAAGGGCCACCGCCAUCCCGGUGAGUAAAGCCAUGGAACACGCUGGAAGACGUGUCCUGCGCUACUUGGCGGGUUCGAAGCAUCAGGGGAUCGAGUAUUCGCCUGAAACAGAGAAAGCAUUCUUUAAGGAUUUAGCUAAACUAGGUGAUCACGAGGAGAACAAGAAGAUCUGCCCGGAGCUCUUGAAGCAUCCGGUCACCGCAUACGGAGAUGCUAGCUUCGCGUCCACCUACAAGAAAAUGCGCAGCAUCACUGGUGUUGUCAUCUACCUCUACGGGUUCCCGGUGGCGUGGAAAAGCCAACCACAAACGGUCACCGCAACUUCGAGCAUGGAAUCUGAAUGGGUCGCAGCUGCCAAGGCGAUAGAAAUGGCAGAUGGGCCGCAUCUGCUGCUCGAGUUCUUGCGAGGUCGGACGGAAAAAGUACAAGAAGAAAGUAAAGGCCCAGUACUGUGCGAUAACAGAAGCGCAGUCCUCAGCGGUAGGAAGCACAAGAACGAGCUAACAAGGCCUACAAGACACAUCGCAAUCCGACAUUCGAAGGUGAUCGAGAACGGUAGUAGGAUUGUAUUUGUUCCGACAGAUCUUCAGCGAGCUGAUGGUCUAACGAAGACGUCAAACGCAGGAGCUCUUGACAUAAUUUUUCCACAGAAGAAAAUAAACGAGAUGGAGUUACUUAGCGAGGAGUGUCUAGAUUUCGUGAGUUAUUAUGUUGAGCUCCUCCUGUAACCCCCUUAGAAAAGUUAAGUUUGAGAAAAUUAUUUAAGCAUUAUUAAGUUUUAAGUCUGCAAACCUGUUUAAGUAUCAAAACAUGAUGAAAGUAUAGGCAAUGCCACAAAGUAAAGUAUUAAUCGUUAGAUGUUAUCUGCAGUAAGUGACGUGAAUUAUUUGAAAAAUUUAUAUGUUCCUCGCAUAGGUCAGCAUGUUGCAACUUUUAAAAAGUUGUGUUAGUAUGUAAUCGAAAACAUUGAAACCGUAGCCAUUUAGUAGGUUGUUUGAAAGUAAUCAAAAAAAAAUAAUUGUAAUAGAAUGUUUAAGAUUUAAAUGCAUAGUUUUUGAUUUGGUUUCUCUUGUGUUAUCCUCAUUCGCUCCGCCGUAACGAAGGGGGGAAUGUUGGAACAACAUAAGAUCAGCCUAUCAACCUAUCAAAUUGCACCUAAAGAUCCUACCAAUCAGGUCGUAGAUCAAUCGCAUCAAGAUCACUAUCAUCACUUACACAAUGAAGCUAGUGGCUAGAUCAAACAGGCCAAUACAUAGAUCAACUACCAUAAGCAUUGAGGUGAAGGACUACAGUCCGAGGGACCAACUAGAAGAAGAUCAUGGUGUUGAUCUUCAGGCCUAGAGCCAUCAAGACGAUGUGACUCUUUCAAAUGCAUCACUCAAGUUUCUUCCCUAACACAACAGUGCUAGGUAGUAUUAUUUGCGUAAUACUUGACAAGGGCGACACGUUAGACGCCAUCUUAUGUGGAUGACUGUUCUAACAAAUAAAUAUGUAGAAGCUUCUAGAAGAUAUUGAUACACAUUUUAUAGUAGUUCAUACUAGCUGCGUAAACUAUAACUGGCACACUCACAUCCUCACUUGGUGCGAUCACACGUUUCCCACUUAGUGGAGUGUGCAUGUUCGCUGGCGUAGUCGUAGCUAUGUAUAAUUACUUACAUUUGUGUAUGACACCAGUAACAAGAAGAAAAAACUAGAAGCGUAAAAAAAAACAUAGUUCCUUGGCUUGUACUUCUGAAUUUUCAGAAGUGAGAACAUCAAGACUACCAACAUGCAAUGACGUCGAGUUUUCAACAUUUACAUCUAUACGUCGCUCUCAUGCUCGUCGUGGGUACCUUUGACGACUGUAGGUUGUUCCAGCAUACUUACGAUCAAUGAUCGUAAUAGAUCCACCAACUCAUCCAAAUUGGAUGAGUUGCUUGUCCGUCGCUCGUGUCCUUCAUAGAAGUCGUAUUUAAUUGUGAAACAGUAUUCGAAAACUAACGAUAUUCGAGUUAUAGUGUUGACUUGCUUAUUAAUUCAGUUGAAAAAUGUCGAAUAAUGUUGAGCAGUUCUACUUGAGUUGACACCUGAGACCUGACCUGGAUCGCUGUUUCACAAUCUCUGGGGCAACUAAGUACUUACAACAAAAGAAAUCCUAGGUGUGUGGCCAUUUGGUAGCUCUUGUUGGUGAAGGGACAAAAAAAACCGUAGAAGCAGCCUGGGUCUGCUUCUGCUUACA